AUGGAUACCGAAAGAUCAGAACUAGCAGAACUCAUCGCACAGACUGGACACGAGAUCAAUUGGAAGGCAACAGAAAGAAGUGGUUCCUACGGCGACAACAGAAGGAAGCGAAAGAUUAGGGAGGCCGUCGACAUCGUUUGGGAGAAAAAUGUAAUGAACAGCAGAUUGGAGGAAGGUAGAGUUAGCGACAACUUUGCCAACUCGGGGAAAACAAGAAUGGAGCAAGACCAGCAAAAAGGAGAUGCCUGGAUCAAGGGCCUUGCGAAAUAG